GAGUUGCAAGAAAACCUGAGCACUUCCCCAGUAACCACUGCAUCAGGAGAAAAACUCCCGAUAAGCAGAUGUUGCUUAGGCAGCAAUCAGCCAGGCAGUCUGUGUGUGUGUGCGGAGGGGGAGAGGGAUGGAGAGAGAGCCAGGCAGACAGGUAUUAAGGCACUGUGGUGAGUAUGUGUGUGGCUGCAAAGGAUGGCAAACUGUGUGUGAGAAAAUGACAUAUGAGCAAAACCAAGCUGCUCUGCUGCGUAUUUUAUAUGCAUUUUUAAGAGAAAGCAGCAAGAAGAAACCAGGAGCGAGAGACUGAAAAGACAAGGCAGGAAUGACCAAGCAAUUGCAUGUCUGGGCUAACAGCAGCAUAAGGCAAGGAAUCCAGGCAUCAGGGAAAUCAUUUAAAGCCAUAUUGAUUCAUUUUGGAGAAAGCUGGCACUGGAAACCCAAAGGAGCCUGCACCCCUCAGUGCGUCACCUCGUCCCCAGCAACCAGAGCUGCCGUGAGGGCGUGCCCCAGCCAGGCAGCGCCUCCAGCCAGCCUACAGAGCCCUCAGGCAACGCCAGAAGGGGAGAGGGAGAAAGAGGGACAGGGGGAGGGCAGCGGAUCAAUUGCUGAAAUUCAGCAGCUCUGGCCAUUUCCAGAGAGCUGGGAGCGUUUGGAGGCAGAGCGGGUUCCGAGCCCAUCCAUCUCCUCGACAGACAGCAGCUCUUCCCCGGGAGCUCUGCCCGGCCCCUGUCCCCGGCGGCGCACAAAGCAGGGCCGCGGCGGAGAGGAGCGUCCGGGCCUGGGCGGUGCUGGUCCUUGCGUCCGCAAAGGGAAAAUAAGCGGGUUUAGUAUUCUGUACGAAAUCCUAUGUGUUGGGGAAAGAAAGGGUGGGGGUUUCUACAUGAAACUCUCAGGUGUUGCCUGCACUGCUUCCACUAAAGCAAGCAUUGUGUCAGGUGGGCCUUUGCUCUUUGGAUUUGUACUGAUACCUUAA